AUGGCUUCUAACGGGUCAGAGUCGCCGGAUGAGACCUUCUUUAACGAUCUUUCCCAACAAGCGCAAGAAACAAAUUCUACCAACGGUCAGGACACACAGCAGGAGGGGCCGAACAAGGUCAAAAGGAUCGCUUGUGUUUUGUGUAGGAAGAGGAAGUUGCGAUGCGACGGCGCCCGGCCGACGUGUUCGACAUGUAAGCGACUGUCCCACGAUUGCGCCUACGAUGAAGUCCGCAAGAAAAGUGGGCCCAAGCGUGGCUACGUGAAGCUGCUCGAACAACGACUGCAGCAAGUCGAGACCCUCCUCAAGACCCAAGACACGGCCGACUCGAGCAAAGAAGCCCCGCGCCAGGAUUCCGCUUCCGCAUACGUCGCGAACACUAUAAAUCAAGCGCUGUCGAAUUCUAGGGACGGCCUCAACGCGACAAACAAUUUCCAAGCAGGAACCAAUGCAUCGAGGACUGCUGGCGCAAGCCCAUUUCAAAAUGCCGGUACAACAGGGAACGACGCCGAGACUGAGCCCUCAUGGGAAAUGAUAGGACUUGGGCUAGAGGAGCCUCUGCCUCCCCAAGAAAUCAUGGACGAUCUAUAUCAAAUAUACUUCUCCAAGCUCCAUCUCUCCAUGCCCAUCAUACAUAGACCAAGAUUCAUGGCCGCUUUAAACCUGGCUCCUCACAUGCGACCCCCAGUUUGCCUGCGAUACAUCAUUUGGACCCUAGCAGCUUCCAUUACAGACAAAUACGAUGCGUUACACGAACAUUUCUACCAACGUGCUAGGAAAUACGCGCAAGCGGAUGAAAUGAAGGGCCAUGGAGAGUCUACCAUCACCCUUGCACAUUGUCAGACAUGGGUCCUGGUGGCUACGUAUGAGUUCAGACAAAUGUACUUCCCGAGGGCCUGGUUGUCAGCUGGGAGAGGCGCAAGACUAGCUCAGAUGAUGCAGCUACAUCGCUUGGAUGGAGUGGGACUUGAUGUGAAGCAAUGCCUGGCUCCACCAAAGGAUUGGACCGAGCGUGAGGAACGUCGAAGAACCUUCUGGUUGACUUUUUGCAUUGAUCGAUAUGCAAGUAUUGGAACCGGUUGGCCGAUGACCUAUGAUGAGAAAGACAUCAUAACCAACCUACCUGCAAGUGAUGAAGCGUUCGAGAAGAGUAGGCCAAUGGCAACUGGGCCAUUGGAGGACAUCUUCAAUCCUGGAGGCGUGGCAAACCUCCAAGCACUCGGCGGUAUUGUUCUGACAGCUGCCAUGUUCGGCCGCAACUUGCUUCACUUGCACCGACCCUUGCCAGACGAUAACGACGACGAUAUCAACGGUGGCUUCUGGAACCGACAUCGGCACAUUGAGCGUAUACUCCUUCAAACAUCGCUGAGCCUACCAGACCCUCUCCGUCUACCAUCCGGUCUAGCUGAUCCUAACGUCGUGUUCACGAAUAUGUGCAUCCAUACCUCGGCAAUAUGUCUUCACCAAGCAGCAAUCUUCAAGGCAGACAAGUACCGGUUGCCGGCAAGCGUCAGUAAUGAGAGCAAGAUCCGAUGUGUAACAGCAGCGGCAGAGACUGCUUCUAUUAUGCGCAUGGUCAGUCAUAUGGACCUUGGUGCAAUGAACCCGUUCAUCUCUUUCUGCGUCUAUGUGGCAGCAAGAGUAUUCGUCCAGUACCUUAAGACCCGACCAAAAGAUGAACAAAUGAAGUCCUCGCUGCAAUUUCUCUUGCAAGCCAUGGAAGCCCUUCGUCGGAAGAACCCGCUCACGGAGUCGUUCUUAGUGCAAUUAGAUCUUGAUUUGGAAGGCGCUGGUCUGCAAGGCAUGCGUAAUCAGCCAUUAGCACAACCUACGGGCAAAGUGAAAUCACAGCAUUCUACCGCAGCAGCAGCCACCACGUUCGGAGAUGGCGUUCCAUUUACUCCAGCAUCGAUACCCAAUACGCAAUACUCGAACAACAAUCCAGGUCCGCCGUUUCAUAUCCACAGCAUCAACAGCAUCAAUAUGCAUGCGCAGAAUGCGGCCUUCAUGCCAUCGCAAUUUAACUCGCACGGAAGCUUUGCUGCUAACCAAGAAUUCACUCCCGCCGGCUUCGCAUUCAAUGAUGGGAACGAGAUGGACCUCUCUGGAGGCGAUAGAGGUGUUGACCAGCCCAGUCCCGCAACAAUGAGCACCCAAUCACGAAACGGUUCAACAUCACGAUCUUCUUACUCUCCUGGUCAGCCAAUCGAGCACAACAUCCCAUACCGGGCGUCCCCUAAGAUGACAGGGCCGCCGCUGGGCUCUAACACUGGUUUCCAAGGAUUUGUUGCUCCUAGCGAGAGCUUUCCUGCGAAUAACUUUGGCGCAUCUGGAAACAUGGGCAACACAGGUUAUGGUGAUGGGUUCGUGAUGGGCAACGAGUGGGAAUAUGCGGCUUUGAAUGCCGGGACAGGUCUCACGCCGAUGGCAGACGCAUCGUGGGAUUCGAUGCUGGAAAAUAUCACGAUGGGAUGGGAUUCUGUCGGUCCUGGACACGAACACGCCAACCGAGCAAAUGCGGCUGGGACAUGA